GCUUGCAUUUAUCCUGUCUCAGGGAUACCGACGGCAACUGUCUCGGCGGCCAUGACUCGCCUUAGCAUGGAGCAGAUUUCGCGGGAGAACCAGAACUACGAAGUGGGCUCUGUAAGCUCGCUUAAGCUAUCUCAUCGAGCUCUCUCCGAUGUGUCCUGUUUGAGCAAUUUCCAGAACUUAGAGAGACUUGAUCUGAGCUACAAUUGCCUUACAUCUCUAGAGGGUUUGUCAGCUUGUGUCAAUUUGAAAUGGCUGCAAGUUUUGGAAAACAAACUUGUGACGUUGAAAGGUAUUGAAGGCCUCUCCAAGCUAACGGUUUUAAAUGCUGGCAGGAACAAGCUUGAGAAAAUGGAUGAGAUAUAUACCCUUUCAAAUUUGCGGGCAUUAAUUUUAAAUGAUAAUAAUAUAUCUUCCAUUUGCAAAUUUGAUCAGAUGAAAUAUUUGAAUACCCUUGGUAUGAGAUCUAAAUCCUCACAUUCUUAUCAGAAAAAUGCUUUGGAUGAAGUUAUUCAAUGGUUUCACUAUCCUUGCAAUUUUUACGGAAUUAUACACAAAUAUUCGUCGUUUGCGAAGCACUCUUCGCAGUGGUUUGUCUGCCAGAAAUUCCGGCAGAAACCUACCGUCGGAAAUACCGACGACAGUAACCACCAGAAUUUUCCGGCGGGUUAUCCGCCAGAACUUCAUGUGGAAUUUUUUCGCCGGAAGUUCGACACAAUUUCAUCUUAUCUCGGUUUUCGACGGACGAAUAUUCCGCCGGAAACCUUCUUUUUCCAGGCUCUCCCAGAAGAGUUGGCUAAAAACAUCAAGCUUCGAACUUUGGAUGUUGGAAAUAACCUGAUUGAGAAGUUGUCUGAAUUAAAGGUCCUUUCUACUCUGCACAACCUUAAAAACCUCAAUAUACUGGGGAAUCCAAUUGCAGAGAAUGAAAAUUUAGUAAAGAAGUCCCAAAUGGCAUGGCAGAUUAAAAGAUUAAUCCCCAACAUACGGAUAUUCAAUGCCAAACCUUCGGAGAGCAGUAACACGGCUUUAAAGAUUUAUGAAACAGGAUCAUUGCGUCCUACAAAAUCUGAUUCUCUUGAAAUUGCUUUUGGUGUUGAAGAUCACAAAAAUAGAAAUAAAAGAGAGUAUAAACAAGAUGAUGCAUUUCGAAUGAAGAGGCUGAAUACAUAUGUUGAAGAAACCCAAGCUGACGAGAGCUUUUUUGGAAAUAUUACUGACAUUGAACCUGAAUGGAAGAAAAAGAUAAGAAAUUCUAGAGCUGAUGUCGAUGCAUCUGAGCAGACAAAGAUCUCCAAGAGUUACAGCAAGAAUGAUUAUUCAACACCUAGUGGCAUGCACACUAGCAAUGCAUCGGUUGUAAAAGGAGCAAAGAAGAAAUCAAAGUCAAAUACAGAGCCCCUUGAGAAGGAAACUGAUGUUCACAAGAGAAAUAGUGCUUCCAUGGAAGAAAAUAUUGAUAAAAAUGUUGAGAAACCAAAGAGGAAGAGAUCUGAAGUUAAAUUAAGUGCCAAGUUUAAGGAUAUUGAUGAUGAUGAAGCUCCCUUUGUGGAUCUUAUAUUUUUAGGAAAGAAUAUUGAGGAAUUGGAAAGAGAGAAAGGCAGAGAAACACUUAAUGAUUGUAAACUCGACCAGCAUAGUAAGAAGGUGAAGAAAAGACCUAAAAAAUUUGAGUCUGAAAUAUCUUCUUUACAUCUGUUGUCCUCAGAACAUGAGAUUGGAAUGGGAGGGCAAUCAACAUGGGUUGACUUAUCUUUAGCCGAGGUAUGAACUUAUUUGCAGCGAGUUGUUUUUGUUAUUACGAGAGCCAUUUUGUUAUUAAGGCACUACUAGACUAAUUUCUAUUAACCUAUCAUGUUGUGGUAUUGUUUGUAUCAGGAAUAUUUUUAUGAUGUGAAUUUUCCUUGUAUUUGUGAUGAGUAACCUUUUGAAUUCUAAGCUGAGUUUCUCUUGU